GUCUAUGAAUCUUUUUUUAAACAUACGUACCAUGAUAGGCAGGAUUCUCCGUCAAAUGUGAACGUUUAAAAGCCCAUCGCAAUCCGAAUUCUUGAUCAAGUGCGGUUUCUGUGUUAGUAAUAAGCACACUCACUCUCCAAGAACUAUAGUGCUUCGCAAGCUUUCCCGCUUUCCCGUGUCGUGAUGAUCCUCAUUUUGCUCUCGAUUAUUCUAGCGUUAAGUCUAGUGCAAUAUAUUCGUUUCCAGAGAAAAAUGUCGUUUGCAAAAAAUCUGCCGACAGUGCAACCAUGUUAUCCAGUGGUCGGAAAUGGACUCAUGUUCCUUGGAAAAAGUGGUGAAGAGCGGUUCAAUAAUUUAAGUGGUGUUUUAAAAAACUCUGCCAAAUUGUUUAAACUAUGGCUAGGCGUGUAUCCCUUCAUAUGUACAAGUGAUCCUGGCAUGGCUCAAAAAAUCUUUACAAAUCCAAAUUGUAUGGAGAAACCCUUCAUUUACGAUUUCUUCAAGUUGGAAUAUGGACUUUUUGCGGCACACUAUAACGUGUGGAAGAAGCAACGGAAACUCCUGAACCUGACAUUCAAUCAGAAAAUUUUAAACGGCUUCGUGCCAAUCUUCGACAGAUGUGCACAAAACCUGGUGCAAACGCUUGCUGCUCUUCCGGAAGGCAAAUCGAUAAACAUUACAGAUUAUAUGAAUCGGUGUACUCUGGAAAUGGUUUGUGCGACCACUAUCGGUUCCGAUUUGAAUAAAAAUCCGGGCGUGAAUAAACUUAUGACAUUGAUUAUAGGAGUAUUCAAUUUGGUAUCAGCGCGAAUCCUCAACAUUCCUUUGUAUUGGGAAAGGAUAUAUCGAUUGACAAAGGAUUAUAGGAAGGAAGUACUAAUGAGAACAGAAGGUUACAGCUACGCUAACCAGAUUCUUCAGGAUGCUGUUGACCGGAGAAGUAAACAAGUGGCUCGUACCGAGAGUGAUGAAACCGAUGACGACGGAUAUCGACGGCCGCAAAUCUUCGUCGACCAAUUGUUGGAACUCCAUGAAGGAAAUAAACUAGAAGAUAUUGAAGUAAACGACAAUGUGUAUACUAUUAUCGUGGCGGGUUCUGACACGUCAGGUACGGAAUUGGGCUAUGCUGCAUUGAUGCUUGCGUUAUAUCCAGAUAUCCAGGAGAAGGUGCACAGAGAAAUUGUGGAAAUAUUUCCUUUGGAAGAUCCAGUCAACUUCAAACCGGAAUCUUUGAAACAGUUAGAGUACACAGAAAUGUUCAUCAAAGAAUGUCUCCGGUUGUAUCCUGUCGUUCCAAACCUCAUGCGAGAAGCAAAUGCCGAAUUUGAAUUGGACGGAAUGAAGGUUCCAAAGGGAACAUACUUUUUAGUAAGCAUAUACAAUAUGCAUCGGAAAAAAGAAGUUUGGGGGCCGAAUGCGGACAAGUUUGAUCCAGAGAAUUUCUCCCCGGAUCGAUGCAAAGAACGUCAUCCGUUUGCGUUUCUCCCGUUCAGUGGAGGAAAUAGGAAUUGUAUCGGUAGCCGAUAUGCAAUGAUCAGUAUGAAAAUUAUUCUGGUACAUUUAUUGAGAAGUUUCACACUGUCAACUAAGAUGAAGUCGGAAGAUCUGCGUUUUUAUUUUGAUGGUAUGCUGAGGUCAAUCAAUAAACCUCAAGUUAUUCUUGAACGAAGAACAUUCGCAUCACUCUGCGUAAAUUAGGAACAAGUGUAGUGUUUUUUUCAGAAAUUUUGAAUAAUUUGUAUAAUAAUUCCAUAUUGAAUAGCUAAUAUGGGUAUCAAAUGAAAGGGCUUGACUAGUAGAAUACAGUUAUUUAUGAAAAAUGCAAAUCCAAGAUGGCGGGGUGUGAAAUGGCGGAUUACAUAUUUUCUCAAAACCCCAUCAAUAUAGGUAUCAAAUGAAAGGGCUUGACUAGUAGAAUACAGUUAUUUAUGAAAAAUGAUCAUCCAAGAUCCAAUAUUUCUAUGUAGGUAGCCGAUAUGCAAUGAUCAGUAUGAAAAUUAUUCUGGCACAUUUAUUGAGAAGUUUCACACUGUCAACUAAGAUGAAGUCGGAAGAUCUGCGUUUUCAUUUUGACGGUAUGCUGAGGUCAAUCAAUAAACCUCAAGUUAUUCUUGAACGAAGAAC